GCCCGCCCAUUCCUGUCCUACACGGCCGGUCCGAGAUGGCGGCGGCUGCGCCGCUUCCUGAUGAGGCGAGUCGCACUACCGCUGGGGGCAGUGCCCUGUCUGCAGAUGGCGACACGGAGGACGCUGAAGACUUCAGUUCAUCGUCUUACUGCACCGAGCUGUCGCGGCGACAGAAUGCGCAGAGGCGCAAGGGACUCUUCUGCGACGUGACCCUGGCGUUCAUCGGCGGAGCGCACUGCUGUGAGUUCCCGGCCCAUCGCUCCGUCCUCGCUGCCGCCACUGACUACUUCACGCCUCUGCUUAGCGGGCCCUUCUCUGAAUCGAUGUCGGGCAGGGUGGAAAUGAAAGAAUGGAGCUCGGAGCUUGGGCUGGACUCGGACACCGUGGAGGGAGUCAUCCAGUACAUGUACACCGGGGAGAUCCGGGUGAGCACCUGUAACGUGCAUGAGGUGCUGGAGCUGGCGGACAGAUUCCUGCUGUUGCAGCUGAAGGAGUUUUGUGGAGAGUUUCUAAAGAAGAAACUUAAUUUAACAAACUGCGUGGCUGUCCACAGCCUGGCCCAUAUGUAUUCCUUGGACCAGCUGGCUCUUAAGGCUGCUGACAUGAUCCGACGUAACUUCAACAAGGUCAUCCAGGAUGAUGAGUUUUAUGCUUUACCUUUCCAUCUGUUCCGGGAUUGGCUGUCAGAUGCAGAGAUCACCGUGGACUCUGAGGAGGUGCUUUUUGAGGCAAUAGGCAAGUGGAUUCGCAAAAACCCAGGAGAUCGUGAAAAAUAUUUUGAAGAGCUGUUCAGGCUGUUGCGUCUUCCUCAGAUCAAAGCAAGCUACCUAACCCGUGUGCUUAAGUGUGAUAAGAUGGUGGCUGAGAAUGAGGCCUGCUUGAGACUGGUCACAGAGGCAGUAGAAGGUCACGCUAUCCGCUUUGAGAAUAUUAAGGCUACGGACUUGGAGUACUGGGCCUCCUAUAUGGCUUCUUUUCAGCCGCGGUUUGGCCAGAACAUGGAUGUGAUCAUUGUGGUUGGGGGAGUGUCAGAAGGAGGUGACUACCUAAGUGAAUGUGUUGGCUACUUCUUAGAUGAAGACCGCUGGGUCAACCUGCCCCACAUCCACAACCAUCUAGAUGGACAUGCAAUUGCCAGCACUGAGUCUCAUGUUUAUGUAGCUGGUUCAAUGGAGCCUGGCUUUGCCAAAACUGUUGAGCGCUACAAUCCGAAUCGCAACACGUGGGAACAAGUGAACAACCUUAUCACACGUAAGCAUUCCUUUGGACUCGCCUGUGUCCGAGAGAUUCUGUACAGCAUAGGGGGCCACGGCAAUUUCAGUCCUGGUUUCAAAGAUGUCAGCGUGUAUGAACCAGAUCAGGACAAAUGGCACAACCUGGAGUCGGCCCCCAAAAUUUUAAGAGAUGUUAAGGCAAUAAGUGUUGAGGACCGUUUUGUGUACAUCACUGCCCGCACGCCUGUGGACACUGACAAUGAGGAUGGCCUGAAAAACAUCACCACCAGGUAUGACACAGAGCUACGGCAGUGGCAGGAUGUGGAGUCGCUUCCACUCAUCGACAACUAUUGCAUAUUUCAAAUGGCUGUGGCCACUACCAACUUUUACCACACUGCCUCCUGCUGUCCCAAGAAGUAUGAUGUCCGAGACGAGGCUAUCAAGCACAAGAUCACUAGCAGGACAUCAGAUGAAAUCCUGGAGAGCCUUCCUCCUGAAGUAACUAGCAUUGAAGGAGCAGCCAUCUGCUAUUUCAAAGAUGAUGUUUUCAUCAUUGGUGGAUGGAAGAACAGUGACGAUGUGGACAAGCAAUACCGCAAAGAGGCAUACCGCUAUUGUGCCGAGAAGAAGCGCUGGAUGCUUCUGCCACCUAUGCCUCAACCCCGAUGCAGAGCCGCUGCCUGCCACGUGCGUAUCCCAUACAGAUACCUGUAUGGAUCCCAGAGGUACCCCAUGCCACAGAACUUGGCACGGCAGCGGGACCGCAUGCAACAGAUGCAACAGCUGCACCGGCGUACGCUGACCUUGCGGAAGCAGCUGCAGUCUCAGAUUGAAUGCUAGAAGGGCGACUAGAUUGUGCACCUCUAGUGGCACCUUGACGUGUUUUUUUUUUUUCUUUUUUUGGUAAACCUUAAAGUACUUUCCAUUCAGCUUUUAUCUGUGGUGCCAUCUUAAAGGACUAGUGAUGCCCUAGGCCCGAAUGACACUAGUAAUGCUGGUGAAUAAUGGAGCAUGUCGCUGGGCAUGCCAAUGAUUGCACUUGUUGCAUGGCUCCAUACCUGUGCACCAUACUACACACAUUGUAGUUCAUAUUGACCUUUCUCUUGUUUAGACAAGAUAACUCUGGACAGGAAGCCAAGCCUACAGAACUUUGAGAAGAACUUUACAAGAUUUAAAGGUUCAUAUAUUUGCUUUGGAUG